CGUCCUUGGCCUCAUCACUAGAACUCACUCGGGGCCACCUGGCAACAUGAAGACAGGGGUGGCCGCCCUGGCUGCAGGCUUGGUGGGGGGCUUGGGGGUGCUCUGCUUCCUGCUGGCAUUCAGCACCGACUACUGGCUGCUGGCAAGCAACAAAUGCGUGGGUCUGAGGAAGGAGAGCUCCUCUAUGGUGGGCAUCAAGGAGCAGGCCAACAGCACAGAGGUAAUGGAAACCACAGACCACAGCCUGCGUGCACUCACUCUGCAUCAUGAGGGUUUCUUCUGGAGAUAUAACUUCCAGGCUGACCUUUCACUGCACACUGUGUGGGCUGUUCUGUUCACAAACCAGCCACAAUCCAAAACCUGUGUUCGUGGCUACCUCUUUCCCCUGCCUGUUGCUGUCGGACGUGUCCCCCAUCACAUUUAUGAUGCCACUGUAGUAUUCCGUGGCUUCUGGACUAUGCUUACAGUCCUCGCCAUUGUGGCUAGCAUAACCGGUGGGUUCCUGUUGGUGUGUGCAGUCCCCUUCAUCAGUCCCAAGCUCUACAAGGAGCAGGGCAAUGCUUGUCCCAGGGCCCACCUGGAAGCGCACUACGGCUGGAGCUCCAUGGCGGCAGCAGCUGGAAUCCCUUUGGUCCUUCACUCCGGCCUCCUUAUCUUCUGGAUAGGGAGGUGCCUCCAGAAGCGGACAUGAGGGGCCAGAGCACGAGGCCUCACACAGAGCUGAACCUGGGUGGAUGGCCCAGAGGGAAAAACCCAGCAUGAACUACCCAGUGUGAACAGCAGAGCAUGUACAGCCCAGCGUGAACAUCCCAAGAUGAACAGCCCAGCAUGAUCAGCCCAACGUGAACAGCCAAGCGUGCACAGCCCAGAAUGGGUGGCACCAACUGUGAGACACGCAUGCAAUAAAAUGGACAGCGAGAUGCAAAGGGAAACGUAAUGGUAACUAGUACAAGAACAUUAGUCUCAUACCAAAGAACAGCCUUAUAUAAUUAUUAGUCUCUGUUAACAUUUGUGAAUGCUAAAAUAAAUAUCUACAAACAGUAAAAGAUGCUACCACACCA